AUGAAAGUGUUUAUUUUAAUGUCCUGUUUGGCUUUAGCCGCUGCUAGGCCUGAGGCUGGUUAUGCCUACAACAGACCUGGUGGUGGCGGUGGCUCUUCCGGUGGUUUCCACGGUGGUUCAGGCGGUAGUUUCGGUGGUUCAGGCGGUAGUUUCGGUAGUUCAGGCAGUAGCUUUGGCAGUAAUUUUGGUGGCAGUGCAGGAGGCGGAUUCUCUGGUGGAUUUAGUAGCGGUGGAAGUGCUGGUUUCAGCAGUUCAAGCAGCAGCUUCGCAGGAGCUUCAGGUGGUAGCUUUGGUGGUGCAACUGGUGGAGGUACUACACUCGUACAGAAACACAUUUAUGUGCAUGUACCACCACCAGAGCAAGAAGAAAUUCGUCAACGUCCAAAUAUACCAAUUGCUCAAGCACAGAAACAUUAUAAAAUUAUCUUCAUUAAAGCACCAUCUCCUCCAAGCUAUCAAGCUCCAGUCAUUCCAGUGCAACCACAGAACGAAGAAAAGACACUUGUCUACGUGUUGGUCAAGAAACCCGAGGAUCAACAAGAUAUUGUCAUUCCAACACCUGCACCAACACAACCUUCCAAACCAGAAGUAUACUUCAUCAAAUACAAGACACAAAAGGAAAGCGGUGGUGGUUUCGUUGGUGGAGACGCUGGUGGCUAUACUGGCGGCAGUAGCAGCAGUAGCACUUUUACAAGCAGCAGCGCUGCAGGUGGUUACACAAGCGGUUCCAGCGGUGGUGACAUCUCUGCACCAUCAUCUAGCUAUGGACCACCUGGUAAAUCUGGACCAUACUAAACGCACAAAAAAUGAGAAGCUAAACAAUAACUUACGUAGACAAUGAAAUAAUGUUAAAUUAAUGCAAUGUUGGCUAACGCUCCUGGCUAGUCUUGUUAAAUGAAUUUACUGAAACACUUUUAAAAUAAUAUUUUUAGCGAAUUGAAAAUAACGUGACGAAAACUACCCAAAAAUAUCAUUAUUAUUAUUGAAUACAA